AAUGAGUCAGCUGUCCAGAGCCUCGCAAGGUAGCUCUCAGUAUAAUUCGGCAUCUGCUACUAAGUCAACCGAACUCGCACGAUGAGCACGUGCAUCGUAGGACAGAUACUAAAAAAAUGUAUAGCGUUCGAUAACCGGACAGUGACUUUGUAGUAGAACAACAGUUUGUCAAGAAGCACCUAAUUUAUUAUUGCUUAGUAAUUUAUUAUCGAUUACUAAUAAUUUUGAGUGAGAUUUUUUGUUGUGAUAGUAGCAAAAAAUCUAUAGUAUUAUUUUGUGUUUUUUCGAGUUGAAAAAUUCAGUGGAAAAAAAAAGAAGCACGAAGUAACCGAGAAGAAUUACCCAAAUGCAGAUUGUGAAAAAUGUGCAAGUCGUCUAAGAGCGAGUUGCGUUGAGGAAGGAUGACAAAGUUUAUUUUGAAUCGAGAAAUACCGUAUGAUCCAAGCUCAGCCUUCAGUUCAAACUACGGAUUCGAAGUGUACUUAUCUCACGGCAAUGUACUUGCAACCACUGUAUUAUCCUUUACCUGAUAAAGUGUCAGCUGAAUGCGACAUGAGCAAUCCAGUUUUCCAGCACUCUGCGCAGAUACCUGCGCAAAAGGAGGAACACAUUAAGAGGCCUAUGAACGCGUUUAUGGUUUGGGCCCGGCAAAAGCGGAAGGAGAUCUCACGGAAAAAUCCAAAGAUGCACAAUUCGGAAAUCUCGAAGAUGCUUGGCGAGAUAUGGAAGAAACUAACUGAUGAGGAUAAAAAACCUUACAUCGAGCAGGCGCAGUGUCUGCGUAGUCAGCUCUUAAAGGACCAUCCGGAUUACAAAUAUCGACCUCGAAGGAAACCCAAGACGAUAUCUUUUUCGGACUAUGCAAGACACUACCCUCGUAUUUCGACGUUACCGUCGGUUUACGCUGCGCCAAUCAUCAAUCCUUCAGCCAUGCCUCAUACGUUAGGCUAUUUUCCGUAUCACCAAAGAACCAUCCCGUAUAAAACGAGAAACCCGAGUGCUUCGUCCACGCCGGCGGUUUUGCCUGACGACAUUGACAACAAUAAUGGGUCCUUGGUGGACGUCAACAAUUUAUAUCAUCUCUACUCGAUGUCAUCGACGGUUGGUAAUCCAACGACAUUGGCGCAACAUCAUCUGAACCCGCUCUUUCCGACCAGCCAUCAUGCAUUGGGAACCAACAGUCUCCAUUCCCCUCUGAUUCCAUUUCCCUCCACAUCCGCUGCGAACACCGUUGUCACUAAUGAAUCCAAUAUAUCGCACUCUCCUUCGUUAUCAAUGCAAUCUACUGAGACACUGCCAUCAUCCACGCUUGAUCCCGAAUGGCUUCAUAAAUCCAAUCUGGGGACGUUUUGACGAUGAAGAAAUUGGAUAUUUGCAAAAAGCAAUGUAUUUAGUAAUUUUAGUAUGAGGUUAUUAUAUUUAUGCAUUCGAGAGGCGCGUUAUCAGGGCAUCAUCCUAUCAUUUUACAUCAAAUGAACAAUAAAGAUAGAAUACACAAUAAUUGUGAUAGAAUUUCCCAAAUAUAACUAUCAAUAGAUUGUAUACAUAAUGAAGAGGUGUAACACUGUUUAUACAGAAAAAAAUGAUGAGUGCUUUUUUAGUUAAACUAAAGAAUAUUAAAGCAUGCAAGUUUUUAUAAAAUCAAAAAAAAAUAGAGAGGGGAAUUAAAAAUUACUAAAAAGAUUUGCAGGCAAUAUUCGGAUGUAAUUAACUAUUAAAAUAAUCGAUAUAUUUAAUUCUGAUUUUUCUUUUUUAUUUUAUUCUUUAUUUCAAUUUUAAUUCAAUUUUAUUAAAUUUUAUUUCAUGAAAUCAUUGAUAUUUUAAACAUGAAAUGUAUUACAUCUCUUCAUUAUGAUACGCAUAUUUGUACAAAAUAAUUUACUUUCCAUUUACAAUGUUAAUAAAAAUUAUGUGAUUGAUCAACAAACAUGAUAGUAGAUGUACUCAUAUAUAUUUAUAUUUAUAUAUAUGUACAUACAUGUAUAUAUUGUUAUAAGAAUACGCUAUUAGAAAGCCUGGACAUAACGGCUGCAUGAGGUAUAAUGGCUUAAAAUCGCUUAAAAUGGCUAUAAAAUAUCUUUUUGCAAAGAUGCUGCCAUGUCAUAAAAUGUGUUGCAAUAUUAUUGCUAUUAGAUAUCUCUUUCUGCGUGCUAUUAUCAGUUGCCAUAUUAUUUUUAACUGAAUAAAUUGUUUAACGUAUUUGCUAUGUUCUCCGUGACUGAGUUGCAACUCUUUGAUACAUUUACAUAAAAUAAGCAAUAAUAAAAUUCUAUUUCUUAUUAUCAUAAGUAUUUUUCUUAUAGUGGAUAUUCCAAAGAAUAUUUUCAUAUAAAUAGAGCCGAGUUUAUCAUGUUUUAAGAUGUUGAAAACUUGUUUGAAAUUUAGGUAUGCCAUUAUGCUCCAGAUUUCUCUGUAUAUAAAUGUGUUUAAUUUUUCACGCUUAUUAUUCGUUCCUUCAAAGUUCAUUUCUUUGUUAUCUGUUUUACAAUAGCUGAUUUCAACAGUUUGAAAUAAUCGAGAACAUUUGAGGGAACAUUACGAAUGUUGCUAUCGCAACCUUCAGUGAUUGUAUAAAAUAGGAAAAAUAAUAAGAUACAGAUUUCAAU